AUGACAAGCCAAGGCCCCUUAACAGCCUUCCUCCUAUCAAGCACUCCCGAUGCCCUCAAACGCGCAACAACCCACCCCUUCCUGGCCUCCGCCGGCCGCGGCACCCUCCCAAAACUCCAAUUAAGCCAAUGGCUCUCCCAAGACAGACUCUACGCCCAAUCCUACAUCCGCUUCAUCGGCCUCCUCCUCUCCAAAAUCCGGCUGCCAUCCCAAAACCCCUCAAAACCCGCAACCCCCGAACAAAAUGCCAUAACAGUCCUCAUCGACGCCCUAGUCAACAUCCGCACCGAACUCGCCUUCUUCGAACAAACAGCCUCAGACUAUAACCUCGAUCUAACAGCCGUCUCCCCGGAAGAAGGAGGCUGCAAACUUACCUCCUGCGGCCCGGGAUCGGAUAUCACUACUUCGGCGGGUAUAUCUACCAGCGGCUCGGGAAGCUGUCCCGGUAGUACAGGGAACGGGGAUGUCGAGAGCACUGCGCCCGGUCAUGGACUGUGUAGUAGUCAGGGGGAGUGCCAGAUGCCUGGUGGGGAGGUUUGCGCGCCUGGACCGCAGGGGCAGGGUCGGGAGGAGCGGUGUGUGACUCUUUUCUUCUGUGCUGGUCGGACGACGCGGGCUUAUAUUGAUAUGUUCAUGUCUGCUGGGAGUAGUGGGGUUUCUGUGUUAGAGGGGUUGGCUGUGUUGUGGGCUACGGAGGUUUGUUAUCUUCGGUCGUGGAGGUUUGCGGCGGGGUGUAUGGCGGAAGACGGGGAGAGGGAUUAUAAGAAGGAUGCAGAUGGGGGUGCGUUGAGGGAGAGGUUUAUUGGGAAUUGGAGUAGUGUUGAGUUUGAGGGAUUUGUUGAUCGGAUUGGGGAUGUUGUUGAUGAGAUGGCGGGGCAGAUUAAAGGGGCGGAGGAAUUGGAGAUUAUGCGGGGAAGAUGUUUGGAGUGGUGGAGGCAGAUCGUUUGGUUGGAGGAGAAUUUUUGGCCGAAUGUUGAAUGA